GUAGCUACUUUUACUUAAAGUUAAAAUGGCUUUGACAGUUGCUUGCAGCAGGUCAGUCUUUGUCAAACGCAAGAUUCUCUACACCCUGAGGAAAACAUGUAUCUUGUUUUCAACUAAUGAGACCAUUCUGGCUGAUGGGGGGAAACCGGAGUUGAAAGUAAAGAAGGGACGGCGUAACAAGAAACAUCUCUGGACUGAUAAUCAGUCAUUGGAGGAAAGGCUGGCUGAUGUUGUCACCCCUCUGUGGAGGCUGAGCUAUGAGGAGCAGCUUGAGGUCAAGCGAAAGCAGCAGCAGAGGAUACUGUCCCAGCUCUCCAGUGACCCGCACUCCAACUCCCCGUCACCUGUCAGAAGCAAACCCAGGUUCCCUGUCCUGCCUGUUCUUCCAUCGCCGGUGAGGGAUGGCUACCGCAACAAGUCUACAUUUUCUGUGAACAGAGGAUUUGACGGGAAUCCGAAAACAGUUGGAUUCUACUUGCCCAGAGCGAGGGAUGGAACCAUUGUCUGCGUCAAUGGAGACCACCUGCUCAACAUGCCGGAGAAACACAAACUGGUGGCCAGGUGCUACCAGGACUUCAUCCGCCUCUCCUCCCUGGAGCCCUGCCUCCUGUUCCACACUGGGGGUCACUGGAGAGAGGUCACAGUCAGGACCAACACGGAAGGCCACACCAUGGCUACGGUGUACUUUCAUCCACAGACGCUCACCCCAGAGGAGGUGGCAGUCCACAAGGCCGAGCUGGUGGAAUACUUCACGCGGGGUCCGGGGUCGGUCUGCCAGCUGGACUCGCUGUUCUUCCAGGAGAGCACCAGGACUCGAUGCACUCAUGAGGAGUCCCCCUACCAGCUCCUGUACGGUCAGCCACACAUAUACGAAGAGGUUUUGGGCUUCAAGUUUCGCAUCUCUGCUGAUGCCUUUUUCCAGGUGAACCAGGCGGCCGCGGAGGUACUCUAUCGCACAGUGAGAGACCUGUGUGUCCCAAACCACGAGGAACACGGAGGAAGAGCAAGAGUUGGUGGCACUCUUCUGGAUGUGUGCUGUGGGACAGGUGCCAUCGGUAUCACAAUGUCUCCCAGAGUGGACAGGAUUAUCGGUAUAGAGCUCAUAGAACAGGCAGUGGAAGAUGCUAGACACAACGCAGCUCUCAAUAACGUACUGAACUGCGAGUUCAUCCCUGGGAAGGCGGAGGUGGUGCUGCCUGGCCUUAUGACUCAGUUGAGCUCCGCAGGUGGAGGCCCUGUUUCUGCCGUGGUCAACCCUGCUCGAGCUGGCCUGCAUCGCAGAGUAGUCCAAGCGUUGCGGAACCAACCUGCUAUCCGCAAGCUGGUCUAUGUUUCCUGUAAACCAGAUGGAGAGGCUAUGAAGAACUUCAGGCAACUUUGUUGUGCUCCUGACCCAUGGAUGAAACUCACAGGAGAAGCGUUUUCUCCAACUCUGGCGGUGCCUGUGGACAUGUUCCCUCAUACUCCUCACUGUGAAGUGGUGCUACUUUUUGAGAGGUAGCAAACACCUCUGAGGUGGGCCUCAACCUAUCAACAACUCUGGUUGCUUUAAAAAGGAAUUAUAGCGGCAUGGACAGGCUGCAAACAAACUGGUUAGGAGGGCCACUUUCCAUUCACUUUGUUUUUUGUAAAUAUCGUAUUUCUUCUAUUUAUUUUUUAUUUAACUUGAUGUGUAUUUGUCCUGUUCUUUUCUUGUACUUGUUGCAUCUCAAGAUGUUGUAACAAGUGAAUUUCCCCAUUGUGGCAUAAAUAAAGCCUAUCUUAAUCCAAUCUAA